GGGGCGCAGAAGGGGGUCCCUCGCCUUUCUUUAGACGCUUUUUCGUAGGAUCGCCUUGAAACGUUAAACAUAGCCUGGAGACGAGAAAAUUUAAAAGAGAGAUCUAGUGUUUCGCUCCGUUCCAGAUCGAUCGCCCGCGCUUCCUCCACCUCUUCUUCAUCUUCUUCUCGUCACCGGCCUUUGGGAUGGCAGAUGCUGAGGAUGUUCAGCCUCUUGUGUGUGACAAUGGCACUGGAAUGGUUAAGGCUGGAUUUGCUGGAGAUGAUGCUCCGAGGGCUGUAUUCCCUAGCAUUGUGGGCCGUCCACGUCACACUGGUGUGAUGGUUGGCAUGGGCCAGAAAGAUGCAUACGUUGGGGAUGAAGCCCAAUCCAAGCGUGGUAUUUUAACUCUGAAAUACCCUAUUGAGCAUGGUAUUGUCGGUAACUGGGAUGACAUGGAGAAGAUCUGGCACCAUACUUUCUACAAUGAGCUUCGUGUGGCCCCAGAAGAACACCCAGUUCUUCUUACUGAGGCACCUCUUAACCCCAAGGCCAAUCGUGAGAAGAUGACUCAAAUCAUGUUUGAGACCUUCAACACUCCAGCUAUGUAUGUUGCUAUCCAGGCUGUUCUGUCUCUUUAUGCUAGCGGUCGCACAACAGGCAUUGUUCUGGACUCUGGAGACGGUGUCAGCCACACCGUCCCGAUCUAUGAAGGAUAUGCGCUCCCACAUGCAAUCCUUCGUCUAGAUCUGGCAGGUCGUGACCUGACCGAUGCUCUCAUGAAAAUUCUGACGGAGCGUGGCUACUCCUUCACUACCACGGCUGAGCGUGAAAUUGUACGAGACAUGAAGGAGAAGCUGGCAUACGUUGCUCUUGACUAUGAGCAGGAGUUAGGGACAGCAAAUACUACCUCAUCUGUGGAGAAGAGCUAUGAGCUGCCUGAUGGACAGGUGAUCACCAUUGGUGCCGAACGGUUCCGUUGCCCUGAGGUCCUUUUCCAGCCAUCAAUGAUUGGGAUGGAAGCUGCAGGCAUACAUGAGACCACCUACAAUUCCAUCAUGAAGUGCGACGUAGAUAUAAGGAAGGAUUUGUAUGGCAACAUUGUUUUGAGUGGUGGAACCACGAUGUUCCCAGGUAUUGCUGACAGGAUGAGCAAGGAGAUCACUGCACUUGCACCAAGCAGCAUAAAGAUUAAAGUUGUGGCUCCCCCAGAAAGGAAGUACAGUGUUUGGAUCGGUGGCUCUAUCUUGGCAUCCCUUAGCACUUUUCAGCAGAUGUGGAUUUCAAAAGCAGAAUAUGAUGAGUCUGGCCCAUCAAUUGUGCACAGGAAAUGCUUCUAAUUCUGCUACCAUGGGAGGUGAGAUGAAGAGAUUUGUCGUCCCAUUCAUGAGCUGGUGCUGGCUCUCGUCUUUCUUUUGCGGUUUUAUCUCCUGGUGCAGUGGACAAUGACUUUAUCAGUGCUGUUCCACGAGAAAACAUCCAAGUGACCCUUUAUCUUAAUAUUAAUGUACAUCAUGAUGGUGAACCUUGUAAUUUGAGGGGUGGCCAAUAAAGCUGCUUUAGAUGGGGUUUGGUGAGGUUUUUACCUUACAUGUUUUUGCCAACAAGUUUAUCUUUUAUAUUACAUGUUGUUUGGUCCACAUGAUUUUGUCUAUCCUGUGGAGCCAGAUUCCAAUAACUUGUUUUGGAUAGCCUGACUAUAACUCUCGGGAGACCACAUUUAUCUGUUUAUUCUGAUACAAA